AUGCUCGACCCAAAUCUCACACCGGAGCUUAUGACUUGGGACACGGAGUCAGUGUCUGGGUCAUUGCUUGAUUAUAAUUCAAUGCUGCUCAGUUCCAUGCUCAAUGACACCGAGACCUCCCAGGAGAAGCCUGAUGCAUUCACGUCUACGGAAUCUGUGUCUGAUCUCAUGCCGCCAUACUUCUCUAGUUCCUCGUAUACCUCUACCCAAUCACCCUCAGACCUCGAACUUGAUCCGAUGUACCACCAGAUGUGGCUGGCUCCCCAGACCUCCCAGGCCUCCCAGACAUCUCAGACAUCUGAGAUGUACAGUAGACUCGGAUCCGUUCCAUCCAAAACCCCACAGAGGCAGAGUGGAUCUGCCUGGUCGUCUCUCAACCAGCAAUCAUCUCACUGGAACAGCUCGCAAAGGUCCCUCUCCCCAUUUUCCAUCGACCAACAAAUGAUUAACACAUCCAACUGCAACCUGACUUCAGCGAAUCUGCUCCAAAUCUAUCACGACGUGCUAGAGCACAACUUAUCAUGCUGGUUAAGCGAGAUUACUUGUCCCUACCAACCGGGAUCACGAAAUACCACUCGGCCUGUACCCGAAUGGGACUCCCCACGGUCUAAUAUGAUAUACCAGCGCACGAUCAGGCUCGAUCGUGUCGCACAGUCUUCCAAGCUCUUACAGCUAACACGUGCCGAGGACCAGGCUGCAUCCAGGGCUCUGCACCUUGUAAUGAUGGCGUUUGCUACGCAGUGGGCACAGGGCAGUCGUCGGCACAGUGAGAAAUAUUCGACCAGGCCCUUCGAUGAUGGCGAGGACGAAAUUGACAGAGGCAUCGCCGAUGAGUUCGACCGCAUUCUCCAGCACCACUUGUGGGACCAGGCACACCGCGCACUCCAACAAGUCUCCGAUGUGGAGUCAUAUAGAGUAGCCUGUGCCGAGUUGAUCUUUGGCUUGAUACAACGGCCAUGGAAUCUCAGAAAUCAGUCUCCUAGAGAAGGGAUGCAAGAGCAAGGCCACAAGUCUGCCACGGACUUGGUCCUAUCAAAGGUAAACGAUAUAAUAACCAAAGAAGGCCCACCGAUAUACAUGGAGAGGGCAACUCGAAAAAUGCACGCACUAAAAUAUCGCUGCGACGCGCGAAAAAAAGGCCUUGGCAUGCUGUGUGGUAGUCGCGAGAAUGACGAUCACAGCAUUGAGGCCAUGAGUGCUGAAGAUCGAGGAACGAUUGGCCUGCUCUACUGGAUGGCUAUCAUGUGUGACACCCUCUCCUCGUCCAUGAAUGAGCGACCCGUUGUGGUAGUCGAUCAGGACUGCGAGCACGAAGGGCAAAAGGAUAUCCAGCAAGCCGGGAAUAUCGACAAAUCUUCAGGAAGAGCCAGAUGGAAUCUCGAUAUUUUCUUGCAAGGACACCUCAAAGAAACGCGCCAAACGCACUGGCCCUGCUCCUAUGAGGCUGCCGCUGAAGACAUCAUCAAGUCAGCGCCGGUCAAGGUUCUUCUCUUCCGCCACCUGUCCUACCUACAGAAUGCCCUUCGCAAGAGUGCCCCUGAAGACCAAAUCGAAGAUAUACUCCACAUGGCAAUGUUGCUAUAUGAAUACUGGAACAGAACUCACGGCGCCUUCUUCAUGGAACUAGUGCAAAACUACCGUGCCAUUCCGCAACGCAUACAGGGCUGGUUUCUCUGUAUCUCUGCGCACUGGCACCUUGCUGUCCUGAUGCUUGCAGAUCUGCUAGAAUUCAUUGACGAAAAUUCCCUGGGCAUGGAAGGGUCAACUCAUAUUCGUAUCACUAGUCAAGUGGCGAGGAAAAUGAGAAUGCACAGUGCGAGGGAGCUAUCGGAUCUCGCAAGAGUCGGUACUAUGCCUACCAUAAAUGGUCAUAACAUGGGUGUGCCGCAUAUGCCGGAGUUUCACCACGCUGUCAAUGAGGGCACGCUCUUGACUGAGCCAUGGACGAUGGUUUUAAUCAGGGCGUUUACCAAAGCUUGUAUGGUCUUUCUAGGUGAAGUAGAUGAGUCCGUUCAGUAUGCCGGGACUACACUCGGGCGCAAUAGCCAUGAUUUUGAGCGGAAUAUGGAGCAGGCUGAGGAUUGUAUGAAGGGGCUGUGGCUACUGGGUAAAAAGUCGGAUAUGGCGCGAGAGAUUGCUGGGACGCUUUCACUCGCGUUAGGAGAAUUGCGAAAGGGGUGUGUUGUAUAG